CCGCAUUGUGGAGUCCUGCUUUCAGACUGUUGCUGUGGGCAGCUGCCAGCUAAUCUCAACAGCCACACCUGUGAACCACCCUGAACUGGAGCCUGGCGCAUAGCUUGCAUGAGUGCCCACAUUGAUAGGAGAGCACAGCAUUGAAGGAGUGACCUAUUGUUUGUAGACACUAUCUGAGGUAAGAUAGCCAGCCACUGUGGCCUUAGAAAAUGUUCCCCCAGUUUGUUAAAUAAACCCCAUUGUUGUUCCCUGAGCCCGAGUGAUCCUGCAAUUGACAAGAAGGGUGAGAACCGUAGCACUGUCCUUUGACCCGCAAUAGCCCUGCUGUAGCAGUUUCAAUACAGAUGUUGCACAUUUAAAAAAAAGAAAAAAAAUCCUAUGGCAUUUGAAGAUCUUUUGUUCUUUUAAGAGGGUAUUAGCUAUUCCAUCUUAUGACUAUGUAAAGGAACUAGGAUUGUAAGAAGAAAUUCACGGACUCAAGCCUGACCAAGCCUUAUCCUGCCUGGUUGUGAGCUCUGUGGCAAGAAUAGCCUAUAAUGUGAGCUCAGGAGAGAGGAUUCCUUGCAGCUGGGGCAGAACCUAAAGGUGCUGAGAGCUGGAUUCUAUCUCAGGAGCUCACUCCCCAAAGCUUGGAAUAAUUAUUUGAAGCUCAGAGGAAAGCUAAGAGUGUGAUGGAGAGCUAAUAAUAGAGCUCUGAGAACAUUUAAUGGACAAGCAGAGGAAGAGAAUCUGAAAAGCAGCACGAGAGGACUAAAAGUUGGGAACACCAGAUUGCCAUCCCUGGGGAACAGAAUGCAACCGGGGAUCUAGAGAGCUGUCACAUUCCAAGAAAUAUUUAAAUUGUGCUGAUUUUCUUCUGGAGAACUGAGCCCAGGGAAUGAAACUCUCCAUCAAGUCAUAGCUUUGCGGGCAAUAGAUCAGAGGAUAUUGCCAGUUUUCUAAUGGAUUAUUGUUAUCGGGCAGGUUUUCUCUGAAGCUGUAUUCUAUUCAGAAUCAAACCUGUUAGACCUGCCUUCUGCUGACGUCUCAGCUGCUGUUACAUCCUUCUUGGAUGGGGACUGGAGAUCAGCCAAAUCAGUUGUAUGCACAAAGCUGCUUUGGAUCCGUCUUUUCAAACAAGAGCUGCAGAAAACGUUAUUGCAAGGUUGAAGCUUUAUCCCACUCUGGCUUACCCAGAAAGCACAACCCUGAUUUUGCAUGAGAAGGACAACAAACAGAACCUAAAAUUGUAUGAACAAGUUCUAUACCAGAAGGAGUAUGACAGCUGCUUUCUUAAGGAGAGAAUGUUUAAAUUUUAUCAAGUAAAACAUAUCUUUGAAAUACUGGAUAAAAUGAGAUGCCUGCGAAAACGUUCUACAGUAUCAUUCUUGGGAGUUCUUGUCAUUUUCCUUCUAUUUAUGAACUUGUACAUUGAAGAUAGCUAUGUUCUGGAAGGAGAUAAACAACUUAUAAGGGAAACAUCUACACAUCAACUGAAUUCAGAACGUUACGUGCACACUUUCAAAGAUUUAUCUAAUUUCUCAGGAGCCAUAAAUGUUACUUAUCGCUACCUAGCUGCCACACCUCUACAAAGAAAACGGUUUCUUACAAUUGGACUUUCAUCUGUGAAAAGAAAAAAAGGAAACUAUUUACUUGAGACAAUCAAGUCAAUUUUUGAGCAAUCCAGCUACGAAGAGCUGAAGGAAAUUUCAGUGGUGGUUCAUCUUGCAGAGUUUAAUUCAUCCUGGCGUGAGGUCAUGGUCCAGGAUAUUACACAAAAAUUUGCCCACCAUAUUAUUGCUGGAAGAUUAAUGGUUAUACAUGCUCCCGAGGAAUAUUACCCAAUUCUGGAUGGCCUUAAAAGAAAUUACAAUGAUCCAGAAGAUAGAGUGAGAUUUCGAUCCAAGCAAAAUGUAGAUUAUGCUUUUCUACUUAAUUUUUGUGCCAAUACUUCGGACUAUUAUGUAAUGCUUGAAGAUGAUGUUCGAUGUUCAAAAAAUUUCUUAACUGCCAUCAAGAAAGUCAUUACCUCCCUAGAAGGAACUUACUGGGUCACUCUUGAGUUCUCCAAGCUUGGAUACAUUGGAAAACUUUAUCAUUCUCAUGAUCUCCCACGUUUGGCACAUUUUUUAUUAAUGUUUUAUCAAGAAAUGCCUUGUGAUUGGCUAUUGACUCAUUUCCGGGGCUUGUUGGCUCAGAAAAAUGUGAUUCGUUUUAAACCAUCUCUCUUUCAACACAUGGGCUAUUAUUCAUCAUACAAAGGGACUGAGAAUAAGCUGAAGGAUGAUGAUUUUGAAGAUGAGUCAUUUGACAUUCCUGAUAACCCUCCUGCAAGUCUAUAUACCAACAUCAAUGUUUUUGAAAAUUAUGAAGCAAGCAAGGCUUAUAGUAGUGUUGAUGAGUAUUUUUGGGGAAAACCACCAUUAACAGGAGAUGUCUUUGUGAUUAUAUUUGAAAAUCCAAUUAUAAUUAAAAAAAUUAAAGUGAAUACUGGAACAGAAGAUCGGCAAAAUGACAUUUUACAUCAUGGAGCCCUAGAUGUUGGGGAAAAUGUUGUACCUUUCAAACAAAGUAGACAAUGUCUUACUUACUUAAGACUAGGGGAAUUCAAAAAUGGAAACUUUGAAAUGUCAGAUGUAAAUCAGAAAGUUCCAUUUGAUAUCCAUUGUAUAAGGAUAUAUGUUACAAAAACACAAAAAGAGUGGCUGAUCAUUAGGAGUAUUAGCAUUUGGACUUCUUAGCUAAUUAAAUCCAUACAAUCAGUAACUGAA